CACUCUCACACCUGCCUGCCUGGGGCUCGUUUUGCUCCAUUCUGGCACCUAGUGCCCUGCCCGCCUGGGCUGCUAAUGGGUACUGCUGCUACUACUACUGCUACAAUCAUUAUUCCUGCUCCCUUUCCCAUCUCUGCCUUUUUCGCCGCCGCAGCAACAACAACGCGUCUCGUCCCAACUCGAACUAAGCCCCGAUUGUCGGGAACCAAAAAAGUUGGUUCCAAGACAAACGACACCCUUCGUUGGCUUUUCUUUCGCAAGCGCUCUCUCUCUCACACACACACACCACCCUCCCUCUCUAUCUCUCCAUCUCUCUCGGUUUUGUUUUGUUUUGCAAAACCGCCUCGUGUCAUCAGAAAUAAAGCCUGAGGAAACCAAAUUCAGAGCCCUUCCCCGAAGGCUGCGCCAUGGGGACCGAGACCGACACUUAAGAGAACAAAGGUGCAAUCACCCUACAUCGACAGAGACAUAGUCAGAUGCCUUCGCCACCCAACACCCGGCCCAUCAAGCCAGCCAAAGAGACCAUCUCCAAGGCCCCCCGGAAGAAAACAUCCAGUGCUCGCAUCUCCGCCGCCUGUGAAGCAUGCAAGAAACGCAAAACCAAAUGCACCGGUGGCCCGCCACCCUGCCAACUGUGCGAGACGCUUGGUACCGACUGUGUCAUUGACCUCUCGCUGGACAUGAGACGAAGGGCUGCCUUCCAGCGCACCUUGGACGAAUCGAGGACUUAUCAAGACGCCCUAAACAACUUACUGGAUGGCAUCCGCGAGGGUCCCUCGCCGCGCCUCGAGGCCAUGCUGCAGCGCAUCCGCGGCGGCGCCUCCAAUCAGGAAAUCACAAACGCUCUGCAUCAGUACUCGAACCGCACCGAGGAUGAAGAGGGCGACGACGCCAUGGCGUCCCAGAUAGACGGGGCUGAAGCCCUGAUGGACGCCGGCAAGAGCCCCGCUGAUACCUCCAGUUUGGGCUCGGGCGCCUCUGAGUCGGCAAAGGGCAGGGCCCCCGACGGCGCCAUGCCCCUUGGCAACCUGCUGACCUCGCUCAAGAAUGCAUCCCCCCAAGAAGGAGAAGCCAUCCUGCGCCAAUUUUUGGCCUUGCGCUCCGAUGACAGGGUCGGUUUGCCACUUUGGGCGUCAGAGGCAAGGAAUCUCUGGGAGGGAAUGGAUGCUGGUAUAGCUCUUCCUAGUGUUACCGAACGCGCCAUGUGGCACCCGGUCCUGCACUUACGAUCGCAAAGCAAUCACGUGGAAGAGCGGCCUCAUUUUGCGCCGGUCCCUCGACGUUUCUCCGAAGGGGACCCCAAGACAGAGCCGGCAGAAACAAUUGCAUCGGAUUCGCCUUCGCCGUUGGCUGAUUUGUCGAGACAGUCGUCCAGAUACCCCCGGAUCACCACGGAUCUUCCCAUGCGCGAGUUGACGGUGGCUUCCUCACCUGCUACCCCGUAUUUCGAGCUGGUCACGAAUUUUCCAUCUGCCCAACCGAGAUUGAAUGAAUGGGAUUUGUGUGUGUCACAGGAAGAUCAAUUCACCAGACUCCGCGUCCCCCGGCAUCUCGUCCUGCCCCUGGUGAUUCCCGACGAUUCACCCAUGAGCCGCACCUACACGGACUACGUGCAUGGGGCGCGGCGGAUGCUUGAGAGCGGUGUCCCCGUUUCCGACGUCCUAGGUGCCUCAGAAAAAGUGGCUGUCGACUUAUUCUUCCGCCCUCGUCAGGCGACCGAUAAAUUUGACUGCGCCUCGUGGGCAUGCGAGGUCUCCCGGAGUUUUGACAACGACGUCUUUGUCCGUCUGGCUUCGGCUUAUCUGCUCACACACAUGAUGCGGUGGCUGCUGGUCCCUACCCUGCAAAAUUACCACAGACUCCCUGACAUGAUGAAACCGACACCCGCACAAUGCAUGGUCCCGCACAUCGGUGCAAUUGAAACAAUACCGUUGCCGCCGGUUCGGGAUGCUGCAAUCAACAAGUUGCGGGACUGGCUCACGCCUCUGAUCCAGGCGGAAUGGGGCGUGAAUUGGCCACACGGUCUAGACUCGGCUGUCGAGCAAGAUGCGUCGACGGGCGCCACAGUCUUGACCCAGAGAUUCAUCGAUCAUGUGGUCAUUUACGACAACUGGAGUGUUGGGGGUCGCUUCCUCAUCACCUUUCCCGAGGUGGCAGGCAGAAUCCGGAUCCACGAAUUGGGAUAACCACACGGUAUCUGGGUGUGGAGAUGUUGCUCUGUUCCAAGCGUCGUCCCCGGUUCAAAAGGCGAACGCAGGAGCCCAGUAGCCCCCGCCGCCAAAUGGUCGACGCAGUGAAGCUCGACCCAAGAGUCGCCUGAUGUCUUGCAAGGUGGAUUUCCAGCCGUCCUAACGGCCACUCCGGCUGGGCGGCCAUGGGUUGUAUUGCUGUCGAAAGGCGGCACCGGCUCCUCCCAUCCACCUUUGACUUUCUCCCGCAGACCCUCAUUUUCCUCCAAGACAGCAAACCCUGAGACUAAAAGCAAGACAAAGCAAACAAGGCAAGCCAAGGUCCGGGAUCAAGCUGGAAUCCAGGGCGCAGGUAGGACAGAGAGGGAGCGUGGUGAGACGAUCCUAGAAUGGGAAUGCUUACUGGGUCUGCCCGGGCCAACAAGGCGUGGUAACGGGGGUCUGGAAUAAAAGAAGGAACACAAACACGGGAGCAAAGGGUCCAAAAUCUUUGAGGAUCAUACGAUUUUUCUGAUGAUCAGGAGACACAUGAGGGUGAAACACGAGUAGGCCUAAGGAGGACGGCUUAUCUAAAUGAGACGAUUAGAUGAUUACUGGAACGAUGGAAUGAUGGUAACGAAGAAAUGGACUGAGGUUGUCGCAAAGACGCAAACGAGUGUGGAGCCUUUUAAGAAUGAGAUACAAGUACGGAGUACACAGUCGUGCCCAGUGUAUGUCAUCCGUAAUAGGGGAAGUCGAUGGUCAGGUGACUCGCCAAGCCGUGUCAAGUGACUAAAUGCGCCAAGAAGAAGCCCACGUAGAGUCUAGUCCCAAUAUUUACUAGCUCAGCCUUCUCCUUC